AUGGAAGAGGAGCAAAUGGAGAAGCAGUUGACGAGAGGCUCUGGUCGCGGCCUUUCCCUCUUGCUUCUGCCUGAAGCUCUUCUGAAUGGCCUCGGCUUCUACCUUCACGGCUGCGGUGGUUUCGAUGAAGCGGCACGAAAAUCCAGGCCCAACUUAAUUGGAAGGAGAUCAAAACAACUUGAGAGGUAUGAACAGAAAAUGAAGGAAGAGCGACAAAAGAGAAUUCGUGAGAGGCAGAAGGAAUUCUUCAGCGAAGUAGAGGUUCAUAGGGAAAGACUGGAAGAUGUAUUCAAAAUGAAAAGAGAACGCUGGAAAGGUUUCAAUAAGUAUGUGAGGGAAUUCCAUAAGAGGAAGGAACGCAUACAUCGAGAGAAGAUUGAUAGGAUCCAGCGUGAGAAGAUUAAUUUAUUAAAAAUCAAUGACGUUGAGGGGUAUCUUCGGAUGGUCCAGGAUGCCAAAUCAGAUCGUGUAAAACAACUACUUAAAGAGACUGAAAAAUAUCUUCAAAAGCUUGGAACCAAACUGCAGGAAGCAAAGUCAAUCGAUGUAGAUGAGAGCAGAACAGCUACUACUGUGGAGAAAAAUGAGAUUUCAGUUGAGAAUGAAGAUGAAACAGACCAAGCAAAGCAUUACUUGGAAAUUUUUAGAAUCUCGGUGAAUUGGAAACCUCUGUUGCCGUUGCUGCUCAAAUCAUCCAUGGAAGAGGAGCAAAUGGAGAAGCAGUUGACGAGAGGCUCUGGUCGCGGCCUUUCCCUCUUGCUUCUGCCUGAAGCUCUUCUGAAUGGCCUCGGCUUCUACCUUCACGGCUGCGGUGGUUUCGAUGAAGGUUGCGCGCGGUGA